AUGGCGGAAGCAUUUUCAACUUUUCCCCACGUUCUUUCUCUCCCUCUUUCGAGCAUACUGAAGAGUCUUAAUCCUGCUGGGCUGGGCAGUGUGGAUAAGACCUUUUCCUUCUUGCAUCUUGGACCUAUGUUGAAUAGGACCAGUUUCAAUUUCCCCAACAAGUCUGUGUUCCCGAAGUCAGGGAGUGGCACCCCCAUUAGCUCGACGAAGAGCAUAGAGGUUGUUCCAGAUAGCGAAGAGGAAAGGGUCCGCAUCGAAGCUCCUUUGAGGAUCCCUCAAAAGCCGAAAGAGGUCAUCGUUAUAUCCUCUGACGAGGAUGAGGAAGUACCCGUGAAGAAUUCACCUCUCGCAAAAAAGACCCCAAGGACAAAGUCAAUCGCGAAAUCCAGACGCAUUGUGGAAAGCUCGUCGGAGUCCGAAGGCGAGCUCUCUGUGCAGGUAAAAGGAAAGAACAAGACAAAGGAGUCCGGGGCAAAUUCUGCAAAUUCUGCUGAGGUGAUCGUAGUACCACCGCUUUCACUUUACCAGGAUGAUGAAGAGAGUACGGAUGAUGUCUUUGGUCCGUCAAGCAUCGACGAGGCAAUUAUAGUUUAUGAUGAACCUCGAAGCCCAAGAAAGCCAAUGCGUGUCCCAAGUUUACUUCCUCAGCUCAAUACCGCUGCUCUCGAGGGUAGCAUCUCAAACCCUGCUACUCCUACUAAGAAGAAAGGCGGAAAAGCCUCUAGCACAGCUAUCGGCUCCACUACACCCGCGGCUGGUACUUCCACCCAAAGCUCCCCUUCCAAGCGAAAACUACGCGUGUCCAAAAAGGCUGAGGAAGAGGCACGGCUGGCUGGGCUUAUUGACUACGCACAAGCAUUCUUUCAUGAAAUGAAUACAGCAGUGUUUGAGAACGGACUGCCUAAACAAACCCAACUCAUUUGGAACAAGAAGCUAUGCACGACUGCUGGGAAGGCUAAAUGGAACAAAAAUCGAAACGGGGUUGGAUUUAGUCAGAUCGAACUUGCCCCGAAGAUCCUUGAUUGUGAAGAAAGGAUACGCAAGACACUGGCGCACGAGAUGUGUCAUCUAGCUUGCUGGAUCAUAGACGGUAACAUGAAAGAAAACCAUGGGCCACUUUUCAAAACCUGGGCCAGUCGAGUUACGAAAGCAAGGCCUGACAUAACGGUUUCGACCACGCAUGAUUAUGAGAUCAACCAUCCAUACCGAUGGAAAUGUGCGGAUUGUGAUCUCAUUUACGGUCGGUUCAGCAAGUCUAUCAAGUCUGACGAGUCUCGUUGUGGCAAAUGUGGCCGACAGGAUGAUCCCAAGCGGGGUAUCCUGACACCUUUGCACAAAGAGCGACCCAAGAAGGCACCUGAAAUGCCAGUGUCCAAGAGUAGUCGUAUGGCAGCUGGAAAACCCCGAGAUUCUCCGUCGUCGAUUAUUCGGCAAAAAACCCCGAGCUUCACCUGUCGCAACGAUACCCCAGUAUCAGACGACGACCAGGUUGAGUUGGUGGAAUUGUUUUGUGAUGUCUCGACGUCGAUAUCUGCAGGGGGUUGCAGUCCCUUCGACGUGGGCUCUGAUCCCGACAUCGAGUUCAUUGCCAUGGCAAUGAAGGGCGCAACUUUGCGGAAAUGA